AUGCGGGAAGUGGUGACUCUUCAGUUCGGCAGCUACGCCAACUUCGUCGGCGCUCACUUCUGGAACCUGCAGGAUGAGGCGAUGGGGCGGCAGGGCGAGGGGGGCGCGGAGCAGAAUGGAGCAGGCGUAGAGGAGAGCGUGGUGAUGCAGUGGCGCGAGACGCCAGGGCCUGCCUCCACGCCAUACUGCACGCCUCGCCUGCUCGCCAUUGACUAUAAAGGCUGCCUUGGCCCCGUCUCCCUCGCCUCGCCUCUCGAUGGCCACGGGGGCAUCGCCACUGCACCGUCUGCCAUGCCUACCUGGUCUGGCCCCUCCCAUGUCUCGUCGGCCGCGCCUCUCCCCCUCAACCCCUUCCUGCGCCGCCUGCUGCACCCACCCGCACCCGCCGCUCACACAGCCUCUUCCGCACCUGCUUCCCAGGCCAGGGGAGAGGAACGGCACGAGGCCGCAGGCAGGCACGGUGGGGGGGAGCCGCGAGAGGAGGCAGAGGGGGGGGCGGAAGGGGGGGAAGAGGAGGAGGCGGAGGUGGCGCGGGGGUUGGAGGGCGGCGUGGGGUACUGGACGGAGUACCUCAAAGCGCACGUGCGCCCCGCCAGUGUGCUGCAGCUGCCGGGCGGGUGGUGGCAGGGCGCGCUCUCCCCCCUGGACGCGGGGGGGUAUGGCGACUGGCGCGAGGUGGGGGGCGGGCGGGAGGGAGAGGAGGAGGUGGAGGAGGGGGUGAGGCGGGUGGUGGAGGAGUGUGAUGCGCUGCAGGGCUUCUCCCUGCUGCUGCACGCCGCCUCGCCCUUUGCCUCCCUCGCCACGCGCACGGCACUGCACCUGGCCGCGGAGUUCCCAAGGGCGCCCAAGCUCCUCUUCUCCCUGCGCCCCCCUGACGCCCUCCUCCCGCCCGCCACCCUCGCCCCCGGCCCCCAUGCCCUGCCUGGCACGCCCUCGCUGCACGACCUCUCGUCUGCCGUCUCCCUCGCCUCGCUGCUGCCCCUCACCUCCCUCAUUCUGCCGCUCGGCCUGCCCUUCCUCUCCGCUGUGCUGCCCCACGUGCAUCCCAGCGACACCGCUCUCUUCCACUCCUCUGCUCUCCUCGCCACCGCCAUUGACGCCCUCUCCUCGCCCUUCCGCCUCGCCCCGCGCGCCCCCGCCUGCGCCUCCUCCCCCGUGGGCGCCGUGUCCCUGAGGGACUACUGCGCCCUGCUCUCCCUCUCCUCGCCACAUGGCGCCCUCGCAUUCGCCUCCUUGGCCCUGCCAGCUCAGCCGCUGCACGAGGCAGGGGAGCAGGAGGCGGCGAGUGGAAGCUCGCCAUGUGGCAUGGCGGUGCUGACGUCAGACGUGUGCAGCAGCGGAGAGGGGCGAGGAGGGAGGGGAGGAGGCAGUAGGGGAGGGCAGCGAGGCGAGGGGAUGGGGCAGCAGCAGGAGGGGGAGGAGGUGGAGGAUUUGGAAGCAGGCAUUCGUGCACAGGUGGUGGUGGCACGUGGUGCAGUGGGGCAGCAAGCUACAGGUGCAGAGGGCCACACCAGCACUGUCCUCACACCGCUGCCACCAGCCACAGCAGCAGCAGCCAUCCACCGGGCCCUCCUCGCCGCCCGCCCUCGCCUCGCCCCGCCCUGCAUCGCCCACAUUGCCGCCUCCCAGCAGCCCCUCGCCAUCCCCCUGCCCUUCCCCCGCUUCUUCUCUGCUGACGUCAGCAAAUACGGCCUCAUCCUUCCGCCCUCCCGGCACCGUGCCAGCCGUGUUGCUUCCCUGGCAGGCGGAGCAGCAGCAGCAGCAGUGGCGGGUGGAGUGGGAGGGGGGUCGGGAGGCGGGAGUGGGGUGGGAAUGGGACCGGAUGUGGAGUGGGCGCCAGUGGUGGCACGGGCAGCAGCAGGGAGGGGUGGGGCGCGGCACGGGGAGGUGCUUGCCGGUGCGCUGGAGUGGGUGGGGGGGGCACGGGGAGGGGCGGGCAGGCAGGUGGUGGCGGCGUGGGGGGUGGAGGGCGAGGACGUGCAUGAGAUGCGCGAGCGCGUGAUGGAUGUGUGUGGUAAGCUGAGAGGGGAGAGCUGUGAGGAUGACAGUGACUGA